AUGCAGCCGAGUCAUGGCAUGGCCAUGUACCCAAAGAGCCGAGAGGCCGCGGCUGCCUUGCUGCAACCCAGCAAAGCCAUCGGAACGGGCACAAAUUGCCUGGAUCUCACGCCUGAUUCCGUCUGCACCACGCCGCGCGCCUGGCAGGCGGCUGCGGCCGGCGGCGGGCCGCUCCAGGAGCGAUGCCUCCUGCUGCAGCUGCUGCAGGGCGGGACCCUCCAAACGGUCUCCCACUUGACGGUCCAGACAUUCUGCCUGUCAGUUGAGGCGCUGGAGGUGGUGCCGGCCCCCGACUCUGCGGCGCUGAAGCAGCGCUACCUCGGAAGGCCCUGCCCCGCGUUGGAUGGCGCCAGCAGCUUCCGGCGCUCAGCCAUCAGCCGCCUGCUGCCCGCGGAGGUGCCCGAAUCCGUGCCUCCCCGCGGCGCGGCCGCCUCCACGCACCACCCACUUGAGCAGCAGCAGCAGCAGCAGGCGCAGCAGCAGCACGCAGACGCCCGAGCAGAGGGGGAGCUGUUGGCGGGCGUCGUGCAGCGGCUGACCCUGGAAGGUUUUGAGCCCGCGUGGCAGCGGCCGCGGCCGGCGGUGCUGACGCCCUCGUUUGGGGAGCUGCGGUGGCUGCAGCUGCCGCUGGGGCAGGAGCUGCUCUGGGACAGCACCAUGGGGGAGGACCCUGGUGGGCUGCAGGUGGUGCGCGACCUGGUGGCCAAGGCGCUCAAGGGACCCCUGCUCCCAGUGCAGCAGCAGCAGGUGCUAUCUGAGCUGGAAGCCGAUCCGAAGCUGGUGCACUCCCUGGGCCUGAGCGCGGAGCAGCUGCCGGCCCUGGUCGAGAACACGCCCGUCAUCGCGUACGAGGUCCUGCUGAGGAUGAUGCCGUCGAGGCAGAUCCACCGCUACCUGCAGCGUGGGACGGGUGGGCGUAUCGGGACGCCCUCCAUUGUCUUUCAAGCCUCAUCCGACCCCGUUUGA